CUACACUCUGAUGGGUUCGUGCCGACGUCGAACGAAGCAGUGAGCCCUCUGAUCUCGAUAUUGGCCUUGCGUUUUGGUCCUCAGUGGUUUGAUUGGACGACAGACCCGGCUGUCCUAACCUUUAGCGGUGUGAGGCUCGACGUUUCAUGUCCAUUGGCAGAACUAGGGCCAAAACUACGACAUAUAUCCCCCAUCCCAACUCCGCCAUGAACGUAGGCGUGCACCUGGAGAAAGUAGCGCAGAUGCGGGCGAGCGGCACUUCGACGACGCGCGAAGGGCCCAUCCGCCUCGCCAUCCUCGACGACUACCAGAACAUCGCGCGCCCCAAAUUCGCCGCCCUGCUGCCGCGCAUCGAAAUCCACACCUUCACCUACACCCUCAACGCGCACAGCACCUCGGAACGCAAUGAGCUCAUCAAGCGCCUGCAACCUUUUGAUGUCAUCUCUUCCAUGCGGGAGCGCACCGCUUUCCCCGCGGAAGUCCUGUCCGCUCUGCCCAGGUUGAAACUUCUUUUGACAACGGGCAUGCGUAAUGCGUCCAUCGACAUGCAAGCCUGCGCGGACCGAGGCAUCCUCGUCGUCGGCACGAAAGGCAGCAAGAUCAAACCACCCCCGACUCCGCCCUCCACUCAGGUCCUAUCUUCGUCCCUGCAAGCAACCGCCGAGCAAACACUCGCCCUCAUCCUCGGCGUAACGAAACUAAUCGCACACAACGACGCGCACAUCGCUCACGGCGGCUGGCAAACAGGCUUCGUCUCCAGUCUCGCAGGCAAAACGCUCGGCGUCGUAGGACUAGGCAAAAUCGGCGCGCACGUAGCACGCAUGGCAGCGUUGGGGUUCGGGAUGAAUAUCGUCGCCUGGUCGUCGAAUCUAACGCAGCAGCAAGCAGACGAGCGCGCGAAGGAAAUCGGACUAGAGGCCGUGGGAAUCCGAGUCGCGGCGUCGAAACUCGACCUCUUCCGCGAAGCGGACGUGAUUUCCCUGCACUACGUUCUUUCCGAUCGCAGUCGACGCAUGGUCGGCAGCGAGGAAGUGGCGGCUAUGAAGCCCUCUGGCGUCCUGGUCAAUACGUCGCGCGGCGGCCUCAUUGACGAACCGGCAUUACUGGCGGCGUUGAAGCAAGGUCGUAUCCGCGGGGUGGGAUUGGACGUUUUCACCGUCGAGCCUUUACCGUCCGAUAGCGAGUGGCGCACGACGCGGUGGGGCGAGAACGGCGCGGGAUAUGCUGUUCUGAGUCCGCAUAUGGGCUAUGCGGAGGAGGACGUGAUUCACGGGUGGUACGAGGAGACGGCGGAGAGUCUUGCGGAGUGGCUGGAUGGAAAGACGCCGAGCGCGGUGAUAUCGUAGCGCUCUGCACGCACUCACACAUAAAACGUACAGCAUGGAGAGGAGACGCUUCAGGACUGCGUAGCAUUGCGAA